UUCCAAUCUAAUCUCUGCUGUCUGUUCUCCAAACAAGUGACCUGAAAUAUUGCUUUAUCUGCGAAAAUAAUCUUCUAAUAGAAGUGAAGAAAUGUUAGAGAGAAACGGAUUGUUCUAGAUUAUUUUAUUGUAAUAUCUAUUAGUAUGAUUAACACAACAAUAUAUUUUGAAAAUCAAAAGUAUAUAUGGAUUGAAUCAGUUGUCAGCACUGUUGUUUCCUGUUUCGAACGCAAGGAGCAGAAACGAGAAAUUCCUUCUAACCUUACUUCCUUCUGUGGCGUUCAUUGACGUUUACCGUUACUCCUAAAAAACGUUAAAGAUGUCUGAGGGACUAGAUUGUUUGAGUCUGAAAGAAGAGGAUGUCACCAAGAUGUUGGGGGCUGCCACCCACAUCGGCACAGAGAACGUGGACUUCCAAAUGGAGCAGUAUGUCUACAAGCGCAGACAAGAUGGUGUUCACAUCAUCAACCUGCGCCGCACCUGGGAGAAGCUUCUGUUGGCUGCGCGUGCCAUUGUCGCCAUCGAGCACCCGAGCGACGUGUUUGUGAUCUCGUCACGCAACUACGGCCAGCGAGCCGUGCUCAAGUUCGCCGCCCACACCGGCGCCACACCCAUUGCCGGCCGCUUCACGCCCGGAGCAUUCACUAACCAGAUCCAGGCUGCAUUCAGGGAACCCCGCCUCCUCGUGGUGACUGACCCAGUGUCCGACCACCAGCCAAUCAGGGAAGCGUCCUAUGUCAACAUUCCCGUCAUUGCCCUGGCCAACACCGAGUCACCUCUCAGAUUCGUCGACAUUGCCAUCCCAUGCAACAACAAGGCUACCUACUCGAUCGGUCUGAUGUGGUGGAUGCUAGCCCGUGAAGUGCUGAGACUGCGCGGCACCCUGUCACGUGACUCCAAGUGGGACAUUGUCGUCGACCUGUUCUUCUUCAGGGAGCCAGAAGAGGCUGAGAAGGACGAAGCCCAGGCAAAGGAGGCCCAACCAGCUGUGACAGCCAAGCCAGAGGUGGAGUACGCACAGCCAUCCGAGUCGUGGGCGGACACCAUGGAGCCAGCCAGCAGUGGAGUGGCCAUCCAGUCGUGGGUGGCUGACGACGCUGCAGCCACCGGUGGCCAGCCUGCCGCUGCCAUCGCUCCGGUCGCCACCGGCUUCCCCGCCGACAACAAGCCCAGUGACUGGACCACUGAGACCGAGGACUGGCCAGCCAACAAUGCAACCACCGACUGGGGUGUGUCCAGCUCUGGCAACUGGUAAAAGAAAAAGAUGUGACUCUCCUACUUUCGGACUUGAAACAUCCUUUUAUAAUAUAAAAUGAAAUAAAAUUGAAAAUAAAACUGAA